CUCUCAGCCAAUCAGGAAACGCUCCACUGCGCUGACACUCCUGCAGCCUCGGACUUUCCCUCCGCCACAAAACAACUUAUUUCCUCUUCGCCUGAGCCACUUCUGGAUGAUCCCUGUCUCCAUUCUGCAGUUGUUUUAGCUUUUAACUGCUUUCACACAGCCAUGCUUUUAGUAAAGAGGCUGCAUGUCUUUCUUCUAUUCAGCGCGGCUGCGACCUUCGCCUCUGCUGACAAAAUGACAGCAGCCACGGUGUAUUGGGACAGCGAUCACAAGAUGGUCCUGCUCAAGGAGGGGGUGCUGGAGACAGAGGGGGACGCAUACGGGUACCUGAAUAAUACCCUGUCCAGUACAGGCUGGAGCGUCCUAGAGAUACGCGCCGGCUACGGAAAGACCCCUCAGACUGAUGAGGUCGCCUUCUUCCUGGCCGGCUACCUGGAAGGCUUCCUCACUGCCCAGCAGAUGAUGGACCACUACACCAACAUGUAUCCACAGCUGAUAACUGAACCAAAGAUGCUUGGCCCUGUUCAGGAUUUCAUGGCGAAGCAGGAUUCAUGGGUCAGGGAGCAGGUGAAACUGAACAAGAGCUCUGAUCCUCUGUGGAAACACGCAGGCUUCAUCGUGGCCCAGAUGGACGGACUACAAGCAGGAGCAAGAGACUGGGCCAAGAAACAAGGGAAAAAGCCGCUGUCCCUGUUUGCCAUCCAGUUCCUGAACUCAGUGGGAGACCUGCUGGAUCUGAUCCCAGCCUUGGUCCCCAGCUCCAACUCCCCACUCAGGGACUUCAAACUACCAGGGAUGGGACACUGCUCUGCACUCAUCAAGAUGCUGCCAGGCUUUGAGAACCUCCUGUUUGCCCACUCCAGCUGGUACACGUAUGCUGCCACAAUGCGGAUCUACAAACACUGGGAUUUCCGCAUCACUGAGCCCCACACGGCCACUGGGAAACUGUCCUUCAGCAGCUACCCUGGUUUCCUGGUGUCUCUGGAUGACUUCUACCUCUUGGGCAGUGGUCUGAUGAUGACCCAAACCACCAACAGUGUCUUCAACUCCUCCCUUUUUGACAUAAUCACCCCCAACAGCCUGCUGGCGUGGCAGAGGGUCAGGCUGGCCCACAGUCUGGCACGUACCGGAGAGGAAUGGGCCAAAACCUUCUCCAUGUACAACUCUGGCACCUACAACAACCAGUACAUGGUGUUGGACAGGAGCAAAGUGAAGCUGGGCUACAGUGUUGAUGACGGCGCUCUGACCGUGGUGGAGCAGAUCCCCGGGCUGGUGGAGUACUCUGACCAGACACAGGCUCUGCGCAGAGGUUACUGGCCGUCCUACAACAUCCCCUUCCACCAGAAGAUCUACAUGCUGAGUGGUUAUGGAGAAAUGUGGAAGGAGUACGGAGAGGACUUCUCCUAUGAUCUGUGUCCCAGAGCCAAGAUCUUCCGCCGUGACCAGGCCACUGUCAAGGACCUGGACACCUUGAAGCACAUCAUGAGGUUCAAUGGUACUACAUGGAGGGAUCCAUACUCCAAAGGUAACCCCUGCAAGUCUAUCUGCUGCCGUAACGACUUGAAGUCAGAGGGGCCUUCGCCAGGAGGCUGUUAUGACACUAAGGUAACAGAUUUCCAAAUGGCUGGUGACUUCCGCGCGGAGGCAGUGAACGGGCCAACCACACAGGGAGGACUCCCGCCAUUCAUUUGGGAUAAAUUCAGCACCAUCAGCCACCAGGGUCUGCCGCGCUACUACAAUUUCACUUUCAUCAGUAUGGAGCCUCUUCUCUUCAAGCCAUGAGGUGUGUUUGUUUAUGUGUGUGUGUGUAAGUGUGUGGGUGAGGCAGAGAGAUGCUUCCAGUCUAAUGCUAUCAGAGUAAUGAACGUCCAAGGUAGAAGGUACAAUCUGUUUCUUUGUGGUUCAUAUGUCUGUUUACACAAUGAUGAUUUUAACUGUUGAAGAUCAGUCUUGCGUCCUACCAACAUGUGCUUUCUUUUUUAAGUUUAUACAUUUUGUAUGUUACUGUGCUUCCUUCCAUCUGAUAAAAUACUAAACUUGGCUUGCAAUUUAUCAAACUGCCAAUCAGAUUUUACCCAAAGUAAUAAGAAUGAUUUACUUUGGAAUACAGUAGAAAUCAGGGGUGUUUUUUAUACCUGCAACCAUUUGUGCCUUCAUCUCUGAGAGUUUGUGAUUUUAUAAACUACAGGAUCAGUGUGUGAAAUCAGUGGCUGUGCUGACUUAAAUCCCUUUUUGAACUCUUGAGAUUUUUAAAAAAUGCUUGAAUGUGUCCAUAUAUGAAAACACUAUCAUUUUAAUUGCCAAUGAAACAAUCAGUGCAAUGUUAUACUCAGGGCAGUUGAUCUUCCUCUGUGAUGUGAUCUAUGAGCAUCUAUUUUUGUACUGUGCCAAAUGAAAAAAAUCUCAGGUUUAUAUUUUUAAUGAGGCUGUGUUUCUUUGUGUUAUCCUGCAGACUUUUAUUGUGCUUUCGUUUCAUUUGUUAAUUAGGGCCGAGCAAUGAGUUGCAUGGGCCCAACGGGCCAUGCAACGAGUUGCAAGGACCCUCUUGUUGUUUAUUAAAGUUGUACUGCUGUGCCA